AAUCACGCUGUCAUUCAGAUCACUGUGUGUCAUAACCGACAUUUAGGGAUAUCGCAUUAAGCCCCAAACAUCUUGAGAACAUCAAGGCGUUGGCUGUGAAUUUGGACCUCCAUUGUUGCCAUGGCUAUGAGAAUUCUAGGAUGCCAGGAGUAACGCAGAAACGAUGUCACAACCGAGCGGAAUGCUUGGAACUCGCACACAGAGGCUUACUGUGAAGGGGUCAAAGAUCAGGGAAUACACAGACAUGGGGUGGUGAUGCGGUGGCCUCUUCCAAGAGCCUCGCCAGUGCAGCCUCCGUAAUGGAGAGGCAUGUGGCUAUGGUUGCUUGGUAACCGCAUGGAGCCACCACCAGUGUUGGCCGCCAUUUCCCAAAUCAUCCUUUGCUGGGGUCAGAUGAGCAAGAGGGGAGCGGGGCCUGGAAUCCGCUCUGUAGUAUGGGCCCCGUUGCCUCCUCUAAUGCCCAUCUCUUCUUCCUCGCGAUACUGCUGGUGUCCUUGACGAGGGUGGACUUAGCCAUAGAGCCCUGCCCAACCCCAUGCCGUUGCACCUUGGAGAUUCUCAACUGUAGCCGGAUCAGCAGCCCUCCGGGACUCCACCGCGUGCCUCUCCCCAAGCCCUUUGGCCAUGCUCACGUUUUUUUCUUCUUGUAAGUAUUCGAGAACCCGAGAGAUGUUCACCCCGCUCCCAGAACUCUUGGAGGCCAAAAUGCUUUUUUAUUUCAAGGUCCCAGGCCCUAAAGAAGCCAGACUAUCCGCCACCAGGGCCAGGGCUUUUUCAGUGAUGGCUCCGACCUGGUGGAAUACUCUGUCCCACGAGACUAGGGCCCUGCAGGACUUGAUCUCCUUCCGCAGGGCCUGUAAGACAGAGCUAUUCCGCCUGGCCUUCACUUUGAAUUAGCCUGAUUCUCUAUUCCUUUUUCCCUUUCCUUUUCUAUGAAGAAACCCUUCUGGGACCCCACAUUUAAACUCUUCCCUGGUCUCCUUGCUGGCCCUAGUAGGACCAACUUGGCCAGUUAGCCCUGGUGAUCAUUUGAUGUUUACUGAUUGGGGUUCCCCCCCCCCAAAAAAUGACCCCUGAAUUUUUGAAUUUUACUGACAUUGAUGCUGCAUUUAUGUUGUAUUUUAUGCUGUUUUUAAGUCACAUUUUAAUAAAUGUUUUAUAUUUGCUGUUAGCUGCCCUGAGCCCAGUUUCUAAACCGGGAAGGGCGGGGUAUAAAUAAAAAUGUAUUAUUAUUAUUUAAGACUUAGGGGUGAGCGUGAUGGGAGCAGGGGAUUUCUGACUCCCAGGCAACCUGAGGGACGACUAGGUAGAGAGCUGGUUGUGUAUCUGCCGAGACCUGUAGUAUAGGUGUGACCUUCGGGAAUCUGCAUCCAAGUAGACAAAGGCAAACGACCAAAGGGGGCAGGCUGUCUGGGUUGGUUCACUGCAGGGCAGCUCAGAGACGAGCAGUAACGUUGAUUCUUUAUUCAAGGAAACGGAAUACAAACGAGAAACCUAUGGGCAUGGCUGGCCCCGUUAAAGCAGUUUCCAGAGCUGAUAAUCUAUGCCUCCCACAUCCCCCUAUAUAGCCUCCUCAGCUGUUUUCCCUGCAGUCUUACUGGAGAGGGACUCCCUGUGCUCUUUGUUCAGCUACAUGCAAGGCCCUCCAUGCCCUCGGAGACAAGGGAGGAGAGGAGCUGAAUACAGAGGGACCAGCAAGCUCCUGUGUAGCUGCUGCAGCCUCUGUCUCCUCAGCUGCCUGUCCUGCGUCUGCAGUGCCUUCUGCCUCUGGUUCCUCUCUCUCACUCAAGCCUGUUGCUUGUUCAGCAUCCAACCAUUUUGCCUUGCCCUUUUCAUCCUCUGGCUUGUCUUGAAUGUCCCACCACCACUCCCCUGGCUCUGAUCCUUCCUCCUCUGAGUCCUUCCCUAGGGGGCUCAAGGAAAAGAAGGUACAUCAGCAAAGAUGGGGUUUAUCACACCACACCUUCCUCCUGCAGGGCUCAUUCAAUCGCACAUGCUGCCUAAGCAGGUGUCUAGGCCUAGGCCCUAGGGCAUCCCUGUUUGGACUCCACAUGCCAUGACAAGCAGUGUUCAAGACUGGGUUUCUCAUGUUGGUAUUGGUAGGGCUGGCUUUCUACACAAAAUGAGCGCAUGCUCCAGGAACAUCUAAGUAUCUCCACCCUGCUUAAGGUGGUAGAAAACUACAGCCUGUCCUCUCUAUAAUUUGGGGAGUUCAGCACCACUGUGUUAAUUGGCAUGAAGAAGCACACCCAAUACUUGCUUAGAAUGGUUACUGUAUUGUUUUUUCCUAGAAGGGCUCCUCCGCUUUUGAACUGGAGGGGAAAUGUGACAGUGUAGUUCUCUGCCUCUCCUGCAGCUGCUAAUGGUACAGAAGUGCAGGGAAAAAUGUGUCAUGCCUCUCUCUCGGUUAUUUGCAGUAGAUUGGCAGGGAUUAUUCUCAGUUGUUUUAAUAAUUGCAACCGCAAAAUGACACCCACCCAUAGUUAGCCUGCUAUUUCAAAAAAGUGGAAAUACGGACACAAAAGUUGUUGAGCGUUUGGCAAAGUGGAGUUGUUGAACUAUUCUUUAUGAAGUUCGUCAAGACACGGGCUGCCAUACUUCUGGAUUUUCCUGGACCCUUUGGCGAUUUCUACCUGGACACUGUUUAUGAGGGCUGUAUAUGGACCAUGUCCAGGAAAUUCUGGACUUAUGGCAACCAUAGGUAGCUAGGCAUGGAUUUGGGUGUGGAAGGACUGUGAGCUUCAGGUCUGGGUACUCUAAAAACAACCCCAACUAAAGCAGCUGCUGAGAGGCACCAUGUUCUUUUGCGUCUAGCUGAAUGUCCUUGCACCGAACUCUGAAGUUUGCCUUCCCCUGCCAUUCAUGGAGGAGAAGGGUGACCCUAAGGAAAAUAUUCAGCAGGACUGGGGAACCUUAAGGUCCAGCGGGCAAACUGGGGCUCCUCCUGGGCCGCACAUCUCCCCGGGCCUGCUCUGCACCCCUUCUCCCCCUUGAGUACUUCCACCUGGCUAGAGUGUGUACAUGAACUGCCAUAAUGCCUGGACGAAAUUGGAGGGUUGUGUAGAAAUCUCUGAUUUGUGUUGGCUGGAAUGUAGCCUAUAGUGAGAAUUCAUUCUUCUACUCAAUUUGCCUCGGAUCCAGCUCUGGCCCCUGGAAGGUCCCACUCAGGGGAAUGUGGCCCUGGGUUUGAAAAAUGAACCUCUGCUAUGCACAUUUUAACAGAAGAGUAUGGAUCUAUUUGCACCAGCUCUUCCUAAGACCUUCUUUCCUAGAAACCAUCAACACAGAGGAGAAGUGCUCCUGGGCAGGGGUGGAGUUCAUCUCCUCUCGGUCAUUGCCCCCAUAAAUGUGAGACUUCCAGGUUCAGGAAACAGUGUUCUGUGGAGGCUUGGAACACUGUACGUCUGGAAAUUUGACUUUCAGGAUGCCAGAUAAACAUGACAAACGAAAGAUGCAGAGUUCAUUUUCCCACAUCAGGAGUAUCCGUUUAAUUUUCGUUCCCCCAUGUUUAUUAUUUUCCCCAGAGACUUCACUGAUAAUGCGAUUUCUUCCAUUGGGAAACAGGUGUGGAGGGCCUAUCCUUGGGCUGAGUACUUGUGAGUAUUAUUUAGAGUCGUCAGUGAGUACCUAUCCUAGCCUUGGUUUUGGCCAGUUUCAGUCAUGGUGGUUUUUGGUUUUAAGUUAUUGGCACUUGACCGACAACUAAGGCCACAUUCAAACUAUACAUUUAAAGAAGGCACUAUGAUCCCACUUCAAACAGUCAUGGCUUCCACCAAACAAUUCUAGGAGCUGUCGUUUGCUAGAGGUGCUGAACAGGGCCAGUCCAAGACAUUUUGGCACCUGAGGCGAACCAUAAAAUGGUACCCCGCUUCCAGCCAGGGGUGAAUGAAAAUCUACAUCAGGAACGGGAGCUGGGGAAUAAAGGUCUACUUUGGGGUCUGCUGCCCCCGUGGAUCCUGCUGCCUGAGGCAGUCGCCUCACCUCGCCUCAUGGGUGGGCCGGCCCUGGUGAUGAGAAUUGUUAGGAGAUUCCUAUUCCCCUCACCAAGCUGUUCUCCCUGUGGAGAGGGAUUGAUAUACAGUGGUACUUCGGGUUAAGUACAGUGGUACCUUGGGUUAAGUACUUAAUUCGUUCCGGAGGUCCGUUCUUAACCUGAAACUGUUCUUAACCUGAAGCACCACUUUAGCUAAUGGAGCCUCCGCCAGAGCACGAUUUCUGUUCUCAUCCUGAAGCAAAGUUCUUAACCUGAAGCACUAUUUCUGGGUUAGUGGAGUCUGUAACCUGAAGCGUAUGUAACCUGAAGCGUAUGUAACCUGAGGUACCAUUGUACUACCCUGGGAAUUACAGUUCUGUGAGGGGAAUAGGGAUCUCCUAACAACCCUCAGCACCCUUAACAAACUAUAGCUCCCAGAAGACUUGGGGGGAAGCCAUGAUUGUGGGAUCAUGGGCCUUUAAAUGUGUGGUGUGAAUGUGGCAUGAGCUGGGCGAGAUCAAGGCAAAAGACCUUGAUCUAGCUAGAUGAAGUUCAGUUAUGCUGCAAAUCAAUUUGAAAGCUUAGGGUAGUUGGGACAGAGUCCCUGCAUGUUUGUGGAAGUUUUGUGAGGUAAUAAAUAUACAUUUGUCAGAACCAUAGCUGUCAACGUUUCCCUUUUUUUAAGGGAAAUUCCCUUAUUCCGAAUAGGAUUCCUCGCAAGAAAAGGGAAAAGUUGACAGCUAUGGUCUAAAUCCGAGGUAGUAGAAAGCUCCCAGUUAAGAAAAUUGCUUCCAUUGCCAGAGUAUUGUACUCAGAAAUCCCCAAACAUGACAAAUAGAUUGAUACAACUUUUGAAAGCAGGGUCAACACAGAGCAUCUUAAUCCAGGCGGCGUGAGUAAGGGGCUAGGAAUGAGGAACAAAUUCAGUUCAGUUGUCAUUUAAAGGCAAAACAACCUAAUAUAUACUUUCUGAAACAAUAAGUAAGUGAACUAAAGCACAUCCCAGCCUCCUGAAUUCACGCUUUCCCAAAUUUUGCAAAUGUGCAUAUUAGGACUGGGGAAAUCUAGCUCCAGUCCAACGAUGGAGAUCCACCUCUGUAAGCAGCUUUCAGGAAAGCGGAUUUGCAUCUCCAUUAUGAAAGUGAUUUGGGCCAUUGUUUUGACGUGCAGGAGGUGGAUGUGAGUCUCCACCUGGAGCCAGUUGCUGUGCAUGGCAAGUUGCUCAUGGCUGCAGCUGGGCCUGAGUCUGCAAGUGCAGAAGGACUGUGCUUUGGUUAUGCCCGUUCUGUUAAGGCAGAAAACAUGGCUGUGACUUUGUUUCCACCUCUCCAGGGUCCUCAAGAGCAACAGCCUGAGCAGACUUCAGAAUACCUCUCUGGAUGGCUUGCUUUCCCUUACUCACCUGUAAGUUUCUGCGUCUGGUUGCAGUAAUUUAUAGGCUUUAUAGUUUCAGCAUGCCACCUUUCUUAUGGAAGUAAUAUAAUGUCCCAUCUCCAUGUCGUUCAAAGCUUCAUCAGUGGUGGCAGGUAACAUUUUGACUUGGUAGGGCUGCGAUUGUUAACCUUGCUGUUUUUCAUCAAAGUAGGAAUUCCAGACAAGAUUUAUUCCAUACCUCUUAUUCAGAAGCUAAGUCAUACCGCAUGGUAGAAGUUUUUGAAUUUGUGUAUUUUUUACGCCAACGUGUGAAUUUCCAAAAAGCUAAUCAAACACACAAAAACUUUCAAAAGUUGAGGAACACUUUCUGCUGGCAUCAAAUUUCAACAUCGAAAUAAGAAUAUACAAGUGACAAAGAGAUCUUUACCACAUGUCUCUGGACAGGAAAACCAUAGAUUUGGAAGGGACCUAAAGAAUCAUCUAGUGUUGGGUUGCCAUAUUUCAAAAAGUGAAAAUCCAGACACAAAAUUUGUUGAGUUGUUUUUUCUUUUCUUUUUUUGCCCAAAGUUGUUGCAAAAUCUCAAGUAAGUUUUUCAGCUAUUUUUAAGCAAAUUUGCCAAAAUCUAGACUUCUGACACGGGUUGUCAUACGUCCAGAUUUUCCUCCUGCACACUGUUUCCAAAUGACAUAUUCAGGCUAUGUCCAGGAAAUUCCUGACGUAUGGCAACCCUAAUUUCUAGUCUAAAUCCUGUAAGUGCAGAAAUCCUGCCCACAGCCAGCCGUGGGUGGGCCCAAAACACCAACAUUCUGGUUAACAUCCAUACACACAGACCCACUGAUUAUUUCAAAGAAGCCAUAACUAACAUUAACCACAAUUUAUCCAGGUCUAGGCAAAAUCAUCAUCAUCAUCAAACCUUUUUUUGGCAUCACAUACAAACAUCCAUAGCAAAUCAAUACAGAAUUCCCACCUUCUAGGCAAAAUGGCAAGCUGCAGUUAAGCAAAAACAGAAACAAAAGAUUCCAAAUUCUUAAAGGCUUUGCUGAAGGAGCAGAGGGGAGGGUAUGAGUCUGAGAUUCACCUAGGCUUGCUCACAAAUGGCAGCCAAACAGCAGGCUUGCAAUGGAAUUUAGUACAUUCCGUUUUUUAGCCAUGCUUUGAGCCAACCAAAGCAGAUGAAUCUGUUGAAUUUUGAAUUCUUGCGAAAUUUAAUUUGCGGUGCUAGAAAUUUCAAAAUCUGAAAUGUCCUAUCAGAGAUCAGAAACACAUCCAGUUUUCAGAUUUGUGGAGAAAGAUAAAAAAGAAGACAAAAUCAGGUUGGCAUAUGGAAAAGUAAAUAGCCUACAUUGCUUUGCCACAUCUAUCUCCCAACUCGUAAGAGAUCUGUCUAGGCAAGCAUCUUGACACAUAAGUGGCCAGACACAUACCUCCAGAAAGCUAAUAAGCAGAGCCCGAAGGUGACAGUCUUCUCCCAAGGUUUGUCCUUAACAUCUGAUAUUUCAAGGUAUACUGCCUCUGUGCAUGAAGGUUCCAUUUAGCUGUCCUGGCUAAUACUAUUACAGUGAUGUCAUAAACAUGAGUCAAGCUACAAGGAUGGAUCCAUGGAGGAACAACUGUAUAAGUACGUUUUGCUCAUAGCUGUCAAGUGUCCCUUAUUUGGUGGGACAGUCCCUUAUCCCAGCCCCAUGUCCUGCUGCUGUCCCUUAUUGAUGAGGCUUCAUUUGGCUGCUGGCUAGGCUUUCUGCCUUUGGCUCAGAGAGGCUCAGAAGUUGAACAUACCUGUGCCCAGAAAAUCCCUUAUUUUGGCUGCUGAUCCCUUAUUUUCGAGGCUGCUGGUCCCUUAUUUUCAAAUCUGUAAGUUGACAGCUAUGGUUUUGCUAUAUGCCACAUUCUGUGCAGAUUCCACUCUGGAUAGUGCUAAAGGAUUGUUGACCUUUAUUAAAGCUGACUAAACUAGGCCAAAAGCAUCAGGCCAAAAAAAAUGUCAAAAGCAGAAACCAUGGGAUGGACAUGUCUUUCUUAUAGUCUCUAGUUUGAUAAGCUCUGUGUGCUGUCUUAAACAGGGACUUGUCGUGCAAUAAAAUCCACUUCAUUGAGAAAAACGCCUUUGAACCUGUCCCGUUUCUGCAAUUUAUGUAAGUUGUUGGGUUGUGUAAAAUGGUCUUUUCUGGGAGCGGGGGAGCAGCAGAAAUGGAAUGGCUUUCAGCCCCCCAAGUCCUGAAUCUGCCAAGGCCCUGCCCUGGAAGUAAUUUCCCACCCCCAAAUAUUUCUAAAAGUGCUGGGGGUCAAGUCUGCUGGGGGUGGGGGAAAUACAUUAUCUCUGGAAGCCCUGCCCCAUGAUCCCAGAUGGGAUGGGGUGACUCGUUGGGGGGAAAGUGACCUCUGUGCAUGCUCAGAGGUACCCCGAACAAUGUGAUUUAUAUGAAUCAGACUGGAAUUCUGAAGCAGUGGGGUUAAGUCAGGGUUCAGUCCUAGAACUGAUUCUAUGUCCAGUCCUGGUAACUUGGAAAACGCUAACAAGACUCUGAACAGCUUCCAGGAGGACUUAAGUAAAAAUACCCCUUAGAGAUCUGUCCCAGAGUUCUGCCAGAAGAGAAACUGGCAAUGGAAAUUGAAGGGGUCAGUACUGGGGGAAAGGGGGAGUCAGGGGAGGCCGUUGGAGCAGGGGAGAGAAUAUGGGAUGACCCUCAUGUUAUGUUACAGCAGCUCAGAGUGAGAAUUGAUAUCCACUACUGGACAGGGAUAGCAGGACGCGGGUGACGCUGUGGGUUAAACCACAGAGCCUAGGGCUUGCCGAUCAGAAGGUCGGCGGUUUGAAUCCCCGCAACGGGGUGAGCUCCCGUUGCUCGGUCCCUGCUCCUGCCAACCUAGCAGUUCGAAAGCACGUCAAAGUGCAAGUAGAUAAAUAGGUACCACUCCGGCAGGAAGGUAAACGGCGUUUCCGUGCACUGCUCUGGUUCGCCAGAAGCGGCUUAGGCAUGCUGGCCACAUGACCCGGAAGCUGUACGCCGGCUCCCUCAGUCAAUAAAGCGAGAUGAGCGCUGCAACCCCAGAUUCGCGACUGGACCUAAUGGUCAGGGGUCCAUUUACCUUUACCUUACUGGACAGGGAUGGGGGCGGGGAGAGCUAAUGUUUGUACAAAUGCAAAGUCCUAUACACCACGAUUGCUUUUGUUUCCCUUCACAGAAAUCUCAGCGGCAACGUUAUUGGGCGGAUCACGCAAGGGGCGUUUGAGGCCUGGCACGGAAUGCAGUUUUUGCUCAAGAUGUAAGUGAAAUCAAAACCUGCAAGGGCUUGAGAGCAGCCAGCCUCUAGGGCAGGGGUAGGCAACCUAAGGCCCGUGGGCCGGAUGCGGCCCAAUCGCUUUCUCAAUCUGGCCCACGGACGGUCUGGGAACCAGCGUGUUUUUACAUGAGUAGAAUGUAUCCUUUUAUUUAAAGUGCAUCUCUGGGUUAUUUGUGGGGCCUGCCUGGUGUUUUGACAUGAGUAGAAUGUGUGCUUUUAUUUAAAAUGCAUCUCUGGGUUAUUUGUGGGGUAUAGGAAUUUGUUCAUUUUUUUCUUCAAAAUAUUGUCCGGCCCACCACAUGGUCUGAGGGAUGGUGGACCGGCCCACGGCUGAAAAAGGUUGCUGACCCCUGCUCUAGCGCCUGAGCAACAUUAGUGAGGAAAUACCGUAUUUUUCGCCCCAUAGGACGCACCGCCCCAUAGGACGCACCUAAUUUUUUUGGGGGGGGGGAAUAAAGAAAAAAAAAUUUUCCCUCCCCAGGCACGGGGCAGGCGCGGGGGAAGCCCGAGCUUCCCCCGACCCCAGCCCCCAGAACAGCCUGCUAUCCGCAAGCCUAGGGAACCGAGCCGGUCUUCCCAGGCUUGUGGAGAUGUGCGCGAAGCCCGGGCGCGCUCUUCAGCGCGCACCAGGCUUCGGAAUGCAGGUAGCUCUGCGCUACUCUCCGGAGCCCCGCGCGCCGCGCCGGGAUCGGGAGGGUGGCGCGGAGCUGCAGGAAGCCCUGGAGCACGGGCAGCUCCGCGCCACCCUCCGGAGCCCCCGCACGGCCUCGCGCCGGGAUCCGGAGGGUGGCGCGGAGCUGCAAGAAGCCCUGGAGCGCAGGCAGCUCUGCGCCACCCUCCGGAGCCCCGCGCGGCUUCACGCCGGGAUCGGGAGGGUGGCGCGGAGCUGCAGGAAGCCCGGGAAAGCCUGCAUUCGCCCCAUAGGACACACACACAUUUCCCCUUCAUUUUUGGAGGGGAAAAAGUGCGUCCUAUAGAGCGAAAAAUACGGUACUGUUUUGAAUGAGUUAUCAACAUGCAACACCAGAUGGCGCCAGAAGAUAAAAGAAAUUCUACGCAAUUUUCUCUACCGUUUUUUCCCCUUUUGUUGUAACGAUUUAAUUUCUGGCUUAUUUAAAGCAUGUUUUCCCUGUGUGUGUAGAUCCACCCUCGCACACAACCCAAAACGGUGUGUCAGCAAUUAAUGUCUUUAGGGUAAUGCUGAAAGUACUCUGCUUGCCUUUGACCUUCCUUCAGCCCUCAACAAUAGUUCUGAAUUGCAGCCCUCGGCCCUGCAAGAUGUGGCAUGUAGUUGUAAGGAAGAAAGGGCCUCUGAGCAUGUGCAGAGAACUGCUUUCUUGUCACGGUGUAACCAGAGCCCUUCAGGACAUAUAUUCAGGGUCAACAAAAAAAAGUGUUUAUAUCAGAAGUGAGAGCUUUGAAAUUGCCUUAAGCCCAGUGUUUUUCUCCUCCUAAAAGUAUAAAUCACCGAUACCAGGGUUGGUGCAGGGCUGGCCCUCCAAAUGUCCCUAUUUUCCAUGGACAGUUCCAGAUUUACAGAAGCCUAUUAUUAUGGAAUAGGACACCCCUGUUUUCAUCAGAGAAAUGUUGGAGGGUAUGUUAAUUCAGGCGUAGUUAACCUCCAGGUAUUGUUGGACUCCCAGCAAUGGCUUGGGUGGGGAACAUGGAGGCAGUGGCAUUUCUACCCAAGGUGGAAAUUUUGCGUGUGCCAAGGCACCCAGCCCCCCCACCAGAUGACGCCUACGCUAGGUGGCUUCCAGGAUAUAUAAAAACAGAAUAAAACAUUGUCUUCUAAAGGUUGUAUAGUUGCUUAUCUCCUUAGCUCGAGGGUCGCAUAACUCCAUACCCUCCAAUAUUUCUCUGAUGAAAAUAGGGAUGACUUACCAUACCUUCCAAUACAUCUCCAAUGACAAUAAAAGGUAAAGGGACCCCUGACCAUUAGGUCCAGUCGUGACUGACUCUGGGGUUGCAGUGCUCAUCUCGCUUUAUUGGCCGAGGGAGCCGGUGUGCAGCUUCUGGGUCAUGUGACCAGCAUGACUAAGCCGCUUCUGGCGAAUCAGAGCAGCGCACGGAAACGCCGUUUACCUUCCCGCUGGAGUGGUACCUAUUUAUCUACUUGCACUUUGACGUGCUUUCGAACUGCUAAGUUGGCAGGAGCAGGGACCGAGCAAUGGGAGCUCACCCCGUCGCAGGGAUUUGAACCGCCGACCUUCUGAUCUGCAAGCCCUAGCCUCUGUGGUUUAACCCACAGCGCCACCCGCGUCCCUUCUAAUGAAAAUAGAGACAUCCUAAAGAAAAUCAUGCUAUUCCGGGAUCAAAUCAGAAACCGGGAUGGCUUCUGUAAAUCUAGGGCUGUUGCUGGAAAAUAGGGACACUUGGAAGGUCUGAAGUUUUUAAUGUUUGACUUUUUGCUAUGUUUUUAUAUGUGCUGUAAGCCACGCAGAGUGCUGGGGAAACCCAGCCAGAUGGAUGGGGAAUAAAUAAUAAAAUGACAAUAAUAAUUGAUGAUGAUGAAUGGCUUCCAUAUUUCCACACAGAGCCCCAUAAUCUCUCUUUAAAACUUUAGAAUUUCACAGUAUCUCUAAUGACAGACUAUUGCUCUGUGCAGUUCAUCUGUUUGAGGCUGCAAACUGCCUUGGUCUAGCCAGGUAUUUUUAAGCGGCUGGUUUUGUUUGCUUUUUAAGCUGGUUACAACAACCAGUUCCCUUUCCCCGGUUUUUCUGCAGGGUUCUCAACCAUAAUCCGCUAACGGUCAUUGAAGAUGCCCGUUUUUACAAACUGCCCUCGCUGAAGUUCCUGUAAGUACCUGAAAUACAUUUGCUUGCGUCUUCGCUGGGGAUUUUUCUACUACAGAAGCUACUAUUUGGGUUUGCUUGGGUUGCGAGGAGCCUCAUCCUUCUUCCUCCUGUUAUUUUUGUCACGGUAACGCCUGAAGAGCCAAAGCGGUAUAGUGGUUAGACUGCUAGACUAGGGCAAGGGAGCCCUGAGUUCAAGUCUGGACUCAGUCAUGAUGCAGACUUAAUGACUAUUGGUUGGUUGGUUGCUAUGGCCACUGGUCCCAUCACUUCCUGGCAAAUAGAAGGGGAAGAAAUGGAGACAGUGAGAGAUUUCACUUUCUUGGGCUCCAUGAUCACUGCAGAUGGUGACAGCAGCCACGAAAUUAAAAGACGCCUGCUUCUUGGGAGAAAAGCAAUGACAAACCUAGACAGCAUCUUAAAAAGCAGAGACAUCACCUUGCCGACAAAGGUCCGUAUAGUAAAAGCUAUGGUUUUCCCAGUAGUGAUGUAUGGAACUGAGAGCUGGACCAUAAAGAAGGCUGAUUGCCGAAGAAUUGAUGCUUUUGAAUUAUGGUGCUGGAGGAGACUCUUGAGAGUCCCAUGGAUUGCAAGAAGAUCAAACCUGAAGGAAAUCAGCCCUGAGUGCUCACUGGAAGGACAGAUCCUGAAGCUGAGGCUCCAGUAGUUUGGCCACCUCAUGAGAAGAGAAGACUCCCUGGAAAAGACCCUGAUGCUGGGAAAGAUGGAGGGCACAAGGAGAAAGGGACGACAGAGGACGAGAUGGUUGGACAGUGUUCUCAAAGCUACCAGCAUGAGUUUGACCAAACUGUGGGAGGCAGUGGAAGACAGGAGUGCCUGGCAUGCUCUGGUCCAUGGGGUCACGAAGGGUUGGACACGACUAAACAACCAGCAGCAACAACAUUUUCUCAAAUCCUCUGCCUCACAGGACUGUUGUGAAUACUAAAUUGGUCAGAGAUCGGUGAGGGAGUCAUGUACGCUUCCUUGAAUAACUUUGAGGAAAGGAUGGAUGGCAAUGUUAACAAAGAUAAAGGAAAUUUAAAAAUACAUCUAAAUUAACUGCUUGAUAGCGCCUCUGAGUAACUCUCAUAGUUAAAGGCAUUCCCCUGCAGCCCAGUUUUCCUGCCAGGCCUGAGCCACAAAAUGUGUGAAUAUAUAAAAAGGAGAGUGGUUGUCUCUGAGCACGCACAGAUUGCAGUGUUUAAUUUUGACUGAAAACUAGUUUUUUUUUGUUCCUGGAACACAUAAGUGAAUGAUAAGGGCCUUCUUGGUAGUGAUACCCGCCCUGUGGAGCACUCUCCUGUCAAAUGUCAAAGAGGUAAAUAAUUAUAUGACUUUCCGUAGACGUCUGAAGGAAGCUUUUCAUGUGUGAUGUUCUGUUGGGUUUUUGUAUAUUCUGUUGGAAGUCCAGAAUGGCUGGAGCAACCCAGUCAGAUGGGCGGGGAGAAGAAGAAGAAGAAGAAGAAGAAGAAGAAGAAGAAGAAGAAGAAGAAGAAGAAGAAGAAAAAGAAGGAGGAGGAGGAGGAGGAGGAGGAAGUCAACUGCCUUUGAUCAUAUGUUUAGGUUGCUUUUGUGAAUCACUGAGGAACCUAGAUCAGCCCAAUGUAAUACAGGGAAUGGAAAGAAAUUUGGUUCGGUUCCCAUUUUAAUGCAGCAAAACACAGCUAUGCAGUUCUCCAGCUAAAAAAAAAAAGUGUGCAUGUUAAAGGAAAGUUUGCAUAAAAAUGAUUAUAUUAGUGAAAACAACAUAAAAGAAUGCAUUGCAUUAAGAAAAAAUGUUUUCAAAAAUGUGUCUAUAAGAAUUAACACACACUAAAACGGUAACAAGUUUUGGUGAGUAAGGACCGUUGUUGUUUUUAAUGCAAAAUAUGCAGAAAUGUGGCAAACUGAAGAUUUAAAAAAUGAGAAACAGAGAGAAAGACACAACUGAUAGAUUUUUACAUCCCUAAUUAGUGCCUGGAAUCCAAAUUUCCAGUCAAAAGCAUGACUCCUAGGCCAGGCUGAGUUGAGGGAUCAAGCUUGCUUCAAAGCCACCAACUUUAUCAGAAAGUUUUCAUCUCCACACCCCAGAUGCAUAGGCACAGACUGUUCUUAGUCAGUGGCAAAAGAAAUGAACUCUGCAUGUGCUUUGAGGCACUCUUGUCUUUAGUGUCCAAUAGGUGGCAAGGACUGAGCCUCAGGCUCUCUCUCUUCCCAUUCUGCAUGAUGUGGAGCUGUGUAUAAUUCAGAAGCAGCAAACCUUUUUCCCUGUAGAAGCUGCCCCAGUGAAAACGAUGGCCUUUUUGACGCUUUUCAUUGUUACUUCUCACAAUUGCAUCCCAUCCUUUCUCUGAGGCACGGGGUUAAUGCCAUUUCAUCCUCUCAACAACCCUGUAGGGUAGGCCAGUCUAGUCUAAGACAUAAUUGACCAGACUGAGGUCACCCAGUGAAUUUCGUUAAACCUACUACGCAAGGUGCUCCAUCUUUUAUAUCUCUUGGUAUGCCUUGGCGUUUAGCACAGCAAAGACUCUCGCGUCCUUUUUCCAGGGACCUUGGUGCCACUGAUGUGACCCCAGAGAUAUUGGAGGCGCUUCUCAGAACUUGCCUGCAACUGAAAACUCUGUAAGUAUCGUGUGUGACCCUUUUCUUUUGCUGGGGUCCAAGAGUGAGAAGUAAGAACUGAAAAUGGCAGCUAAUCUUAUCUUACCUACCUUUUUCCUUUCUGCUCCUCCUGUUGUCAUUCAAGUAUCUGGGCUGUUUGCGCUCAGAUUGCUGGUAAAUUGCAACGAGAAGAGGCUAAAGAUGUUUGUCGUUUUUCCAUCUGCAGCAUCUUGCCCAAAAAGAUGGCCUGUUGCCUCUGCCAUAUUCAAGACGACAUUGAGCUUUUGUGUGAGUCGGUCAAGUUGGAUUGUGCCAACACAUGUACCGCUAACGUCACUUUGUGUGGUAGGUUUUUAAAAAAAUUAAAUGUUUGCUUCUGUUUGUCUAGUUUCAAAGGCUGGGUAGACACUAUACCUCCAUUUUCAAAUGUAAUCCAUUCCAGAAGACCGUUCGACUUCCAAAACGUUCAAAAACUAAAGCAUGCAUUUCCGGAAGCAUUUACAUCCGGAAAACUCAAUACGGAAGCCACGUGGCACAUUCAGCUUCCAAAAAGCGUUCAGAAACCGAAGCAGGUUUUUGGCGUUUGGAAGCCGAAACGUUUGACUUCCGAGACGUUCGAAAACCGAGGUACCACUGUAUCUUUAAAGCAAAUGUGAAGCACAAUCGUUCCCUCAAAGAAUUCUGGGCCUUGUGGUUUGUUAAGGGUUUCUGGGAACUGUAACUCUGUGAGGGGCAAACCACACUACCCAGAAUUCCUCAAGGGGAAGAAUGUGCUUUAAUGGUAUCGUGUGCAACCCAGCCUAAGGGGGGGAAAUGUUGGGAAAUGGAACACGUUAACAAAUGACGCCAGAAACGCCAGUGUUCAAAAUGGGACCAAAAUCUAAACAAAUCCACAAAGUGCAAUCUUUUUGCCCCCAGAAUCCUGCAUUUAGGCUCUUCCUCCACAUUUCUAAUUGGCCGUGGUUGACCUUCUAAAAGGAAACUUACCGUAUUUUUCGCCCUAUAGGACGCACUUUUUCCCCUCCAAAAAUGAAGGGGGAAUGUGUGUGCGUCCUAUGGGGCAAAUGCAGGCUUUCGCUGAAGCCUGAAGAGCGAGAGGGGUCGGUGCGCACCGACCCCUCUUGCUCUCCAGGCUUCAGGAAGCUCUGCGCAACCCUCGGGAGACCAGCACGACUUUGCGCCGGGCUCCCGAGGGCUGCGCAGAGCUGCCUGCAAUCCCGGGCUUCGCACAGCUCUGCGCAACGCUAGGGAGCCUGGUGCGAAGUCGCGCCAGUCUCUCGAGGGUUGCGCAGAGCUGCCUGCAUUCUGAAGCCUGGGGCACGCUGAAGAGCGCGCCCGGGCUUCGCGCAGCUCUCCGCAAGCCUCCCUAGGCUUGCGGAUAGCAGGCUGUUCUCGGGGCUGGGGUCAGGGGGGGGAAAUAAUUUUGUUUUCUUUAUUCCCCCCCCAAAAAACUAGGUGCAUCCCAUGGGGCGGUGCGUCCUAUGGGGCGAAAAAUACGGUAACUGAAAUAAACGGUUUAUUUAAAAGCUUACAGGUUCAGAGUAAUACAGAACCUGUAAAAAACUAACACAAAGGGUGGUCAGAUAAAACAGAGGCAUGCAAGUGGUGCUAGAUUUGCAGUAGCAUUGCCCCAAAAUAACAGGGCUGAGGGGAAAAACACACACACAUUUGCCCCAUUGAAUUCAGUGGGGCUUACUCCCAGGUAGAAGUAAGAAUCCUGGGAACUGUAGCUCACCCUUUUACAGAACUAUGAUUCCCAGGAACCCUGAACAAUUCGAAGUUCUCAGGAUUCCUUGAAGGGAAGCCGUGUGAUUUCGAUGUAUUUGUCCCAUUUCCAAGUUCCCUUCCUGAAGCUCACAGGACAACUCUGUUGUUCUUUCCUUGUUCUUCUUUUUCCGAGCAGAGAAAGAGGAGGCGAUGAACAAGAUGCAAGAAGAUGUCAUAAAGGUGUUGGAAACCAGGAAGCUGAACGACAGCGGCAGCACCCUGAACAUUUUGCCCGAGAGGUCUUUCCGUGCCAACCUCACUCUGACCCUCUCGGCCACCGAGGGCAAGUCUCACUUGGACCUCCAUUUCCACCGACUCCCCACCAGCCUUUUCGAAUCCGUCAAGGGCUUCAAAAAGCUGAAAAGCGAGGACCUCCUGGAUGUGAAGUGGGCUGAUCAGAGCGAGCUGAAGAAGCUGUACCUGCUGGCCAACUUGCUGCAGGUGGCGCUCAAAGAAAAAAUCGCAGAAGACGAAAGGGAGAGUCAAGGCGGGCCACAGCCGGCUCAGGAGCCUCCGAAAACACAGCAGGCUACAAGGGCUGCCCAAGGGAAGGGAAGACACCUAAGAAGGGUGAGAAGAGAAACCCCAAGAUGGGUGGAGUCGUUUCUCAGGGCUGGCAGAGAGAGGCGAGAAUUUGCAGAGUCUGCCAAGCAGCAUGCGGGGCAGCAAAGCAGCACAGAUUCCCCUGCUAGGCCUCGGAACUGGAGGAAGCUAGCCGGGGGUCUAGAGCCUCUAAGUAUGGCUAGACUCCGCCGAGCAGCUCUUGGUUCCUCUUGGAAACGCUCCGCCGGACAGUACCCGACCCAGUCCCCUCCCUUGACCGCCUCCAUCAUGGUGGACGAGAAUCCCGAAGACAUGACAGGCAAGGUAGUGAUUAUCUUGAAGCACCCCAACAAAACCAGCAGCGCAGAGCAGGGAGAGCAAAGCCCUGCUGUGAAGGAGGAGGUGCAAGUAGUACCUAACCCGGUGUCACCCGCCGAGGCUCAGCCGGCCGUCGAGGUUCAGCCAGCCGCCGAGGCCCAACCUGCCGCCGAGGCCCAACCUCCCGUCGCAUCUCCACGUGAAGAGAGCACAGACAAGUCGGAGGAAAUUUUGCGGGAGCGCCUCGAGUCUGAGAUAUUGAAGAAGGAGGAGCUGCUCAGCCAGCUGAUGAAAGAAGAUAAAUCCAAGCCCCCGCCCGACGACUCGGAAACCUUGAACGAGAUCUCCCCUGACAUCACCUUGUCGCAAGAGACGCACUGGGAGCACCACGAGCAGAGGACCACGUAUUCCCCGCGCCUUCAGCUCUUGCCAGCUCCAGACGACUAUUUGCUUCAGGGCGACCUCUUUGAAGCGGAGCUGAACAAGCGUUUGGAGCCCCUCAUCCCCAAUGCGCCGGUGAGGAACCUCAUCUCCCACGUGAUCCGCAUCUUGAAGAUGGACUGCACAGAACCCGCCAUCCAGCUGGCUUGUGCUAAGCUCAUCUCCAGGACAGGUCUCCUCAUGAAGCUCUUCAGCGAGAGAGAAAACAUCAAGGAGACCACCUCCCUGUGGAAGUCGUACCUUUGGUCUGCCAAGAAUACAGCCAACAAGACCACGUUGAGCCCAAGGAAAAUGGGGAAACCUUCCGACGAGGUAAGGCAGCUUCCGCCAACCUGGUGCUUUCCAGAUGGCACUGAGUUACAAAUUCCAUCGUCUCUAAUCAUUGGCUAUGCUGGUUGGGACUGAUGGAAGUUGUGAUCUGAAGACUACAGUCCAAAGUUGCAGAAGAGUGUGGGAAUGUUGUGGAUAGUAGAAGAGGACAUAUUGAUUAAAUAUUAUCCUUCCUAACUCACGCUAGUGAGUCAUAUAUAUACAGUGGUACCUCGGGUUAAAUACUUAAUUUGUUCCGGAGGUCCGUACUUAAACUGAAACUGUUCUUAACCUGAAGCACCACUUUAGCUAAUGGGGCCUCCUGCUGCUGCUGCGUCGCCAGAGCAAGAUUUCUGUUCUCAUCCUGAAGCAAAGUUCUUAACCUGAAGCACUAUUUCUGGGUUAGUGGAGCCUGUAACCUGAAGCGUCUGUAACCCGAGUUACCACUGUAUAGCAGAGCUCAUUCCCCAUUUUACACAGCAAGAAGCUAGUUGCAGAUUCGUUUGAAUCUAUUUAGUCAAACAAUCCAAUCUGGCAUGCCCAGAUUGGAGUAUAUUCCUGGGAAGACCCCUUUGAUUCUCUCCUUAAAAGAAUACAGAGUCUUCCUUAUAAGUAAUGAAAAGUUUACUCCCAUUCAGUUCAUAGUAUGAUCCCUGAAGGCAGGCUUUAGCUUGUAGCGACAGAUACAGUGUGGCUUACAUCCUUGUAGGAAUGGGCCCAUGUGCUGCUGGCAGAGAGCCAGCAGACAGCAUCAGGAGCAGUGGCCAAAGUGAAAGAGAGCGUCAAAAGAGAGAUGGCUGCCUGACCAGCUCCUUUUAUGGGGUCUCCCAGGGUCACGCCCACUACCUGGUCACACGCAGGGAGAGGCUGCUCCAGACCAUGUGUGACAGGAAGUCCUCCUGGCUGGAGUAACACCCCCCUGCGUGUCCACUCUGGGCAAACAGGAAGUGUUGUACUUGAUUGCUUAUGUUACAUCCCACAAAGACUGAGGUAAGGGGCAAGUGUAGGCAAGCCUACCAGUGGUCUCUCAGAAGGUUGGCCAAAGCCCUGCUUAGUUGGGUGUGCUCCUACAGUCUGUUUGCUCCAGGGAUUGAUUUGGCGUAGGUUUCUGGGAAGAUUCGUUCUUACGCUUUAAACGCACUUCAUAAGGGAGAAAGGAGAGGCAAAAAAUUAUUGAUGUAGGCAGGCGAUGCAGAGGUCCUUUGGCUGCCUCUGAGAAGGUCCAUAGCUUUGUGGUGAACCACAUGGUUAGUGUUAAGUUGUGGGUGAACAUAUCAGACGACACAGCGAUUCUUCAAACAGCUCUUGUUUAUUCACAGGCCAGGACAGAACUGAACUGAAGGGUUCAGUCAGCCUGCUUAUAUAGAGCUCCAGUACAACGUAACUGUAACAAUUUUCUAAAACUACCCAAUCACUGAACGUCACUUUCGACCCCUUAUUUGCAUAACUAUCUACAGUAUCCCCCUGCUGGCCCAGGGUGAGAACUUCAGUACAUAACAGUUAGCAUACAGAAGAACCCAGAUAUAGGGGUUGUGCAUUCUGCAUUGUGCUCCUCUGAUUCUUCCGUCGGUGACAGUAUUUGUGCUUGUCAGGUGGAUUCACUCCCCUGCUCUCCUGCACUGUUCUCCGGACCCUCCAGAGAAGAUUCGGGGGAGAUGCACGGAGUGUGCAGAGGGAAGAAGUUGGAAGCCGCAUCGCAGUAGCAGAAAACCUUGUGCCAGCUUCUGCUGGCGUACGUGUUUAAUUGAAUCCAGGCCUCCAUCCCUGGCAUCGGUAGUUAAAUAUAUCCCGGGCAAUAAGGAAAAACAUUGGUUGCCAGAUUCAAUAGGCUGGGAUUCAUGGAUCAAAAUCUGAUUCUAGUACAGUGGUACCUCAGGUUACAGACACUUCAGGUUACAGACUCUGCUAACCCAGAAAUAGUACCUCAGGUUAAGAACUUUACCUCAGUUUGAGAACAGAAAUCGCACGGCGGCAGUGGGAGGCCCCAUUAUCUAAAGUGGUGCUUCAGGUGAAGAACAGUUUCAGAUUAAGAACGGACCUCCAGAACAAAUUAAGUUCUUAACCUGAGGUACCAUUGUAUAAGGCAGCUUUUUUGUGUUUGUAUGAGUUCAAGCCACCCUCAAACAGUGUUUGUGGCUGAUGAAAGGAGAGAAACACAGAAAAAGCCAACUGCCUUAUAUUACUUUCUUUUGUCCAAUCUUUCAGAUAGCGAGGCAGGGGAUUCCAGAAUAUGGGUACGGCAACAAGUUGUUGCUGGCUAUUUCAGUGACGGCUGUGAUAAUGAUUAUCAUUGCAGUAAUUUGCCUGAUUGAGGUAAGCUAAAAACCUGUUGUUGUUGUUGUUGUUGUUCUUUUAAAAAUCCUUAUUUUGAUCUCUUAACUUGCCAUAUAUUCCAUUGCUUUGAAUGGGUAGCAUAUAUCCCCAUAACACACUAUAUUCUGCUGUUGUGGAAGGACUAACACCCUGCUGGUUAUAACACCUUGUUCUUCGCCUUAAUUUAAGCCAGAGUUACACAUAAGGAUGAAGAAUCUGUCAAUUUUAGUUCUCUUAUUUUCUCAUUUUUUCCAGUCUUAAAUGCACUUUCCCACUUUUUACAGCAAUUAGUGACAUUUUUUAAAAAAAGAAAUCUUAUUAAACAUAUUUGUAUACCUAAUUUUGGCUGAUGCGCUGAUUUUUGCCAUUAAUACAAUGCAUUUUUGUUUGUUGUUUUCACUAAUAUGUUUAUUUUUAUGCCCACAUCCCCUCAAUAUAUGCAUUUUCUUCCCUAAGCACGGUUAGGGUUUGAGAACUGCUUUGCAAAAUUUAAAUAACUGUGAAUUUUGAAGUAUAGCUUUGUUUUGGCUCAUGAACCGUUUCAGAAAGUGUGAAUUUGCACUGUAUUUAAAUGUGCACUGAAUCAAUUUCCCCCUCCAUCCCUAACACACACACACACACACACACACACACACACAUAUCUCUUCUGAAACGGGUCUUCUGCUUCUAUAAUGUCAAGGCUAAGACCAGGAACAGAAUAAAUGACCGCAGCAAACGUCUCCACAACAGGGAGUAGGGUUGAGGUAUCCAAGCAGCUUUGAGCUCUAGCUCCAUCCUUUUAAAUAGAAAGGACCCUGCGCUUGUUAUCCGAGGCCCAUCUCAAUGUCCCCCUCCCUGAGAGGUUUGGAGGGAGACAGUGUAAGAGCCUUUGCUGUGUUGGCUCCUCGUCUGUGGAAUGCUCUCCCCAGAGAGUCUCGCCUGGUGCCAUCAUUACAUGUCUUAAACGCCAGGCAAACCCAUUCUUCUUUAGACCGGCCUUCGUCAUUAAAUAAUCUGUGGCCUGUUAAAUGAGGGGAGGGGGAGAGAGAGACUGUUAUUAUGAUUAUUUUAUUAUUAUGCUCUGUAUUAUGUUUUUAUUAUUAUGCUGCAUAAAUUAUCUUCUUAAUAUUGUACACUGCCCAGGGAUUUUUGGAUAAAGGGCAGCAUAUAAAUAGAAUAAGUAAUAAUAGUAAUUGUAAUUAUACGCAUGACAACAAACUAGUCUCUUGCUUGCCACCCCAACCAUUCCUUCUACCCACCUGUGAGUAAUCUUAGAUUUUGAGUCAGUCACAAUCGCUUCUUCCUCUUCUUGUUAAACAGAUCUGCUCUCAGCGUUCGGCAGCUAAAUCAAAGGACGGCAGCUCUGAAAAACGGUAAUUCUUCCCCAGGAAUGCUUAGUUCUCUGCAGUUUAGAUUUCCUCGUGCAGGACUCAGUCUCAAGGUCAUAAUUUGGUUGCUGGGGAUUCUAUCCCUUCCUCUGUGAGAACAACAGUUAGUUGUCCCCCAACAAUUAGUUAAAGGAAAUCAAGUCCUAUACCAGGCACCCCCAACCUUCAGCCCUCCAGAUGUUUUGGACUACAAUUCCCAUCAUCCCUGACCACUGGUCCUGUUAGCUAGGGAUCAUGGGAGUUGUAGGCCAAAACAUCUGGAGGGCCGCAGGUUGGGGAUGCCUGUCCUAUACUGUAGCUGCCUGCUACAUAUUUAAGAGCAAGUCAAGUUUAGCCCUUAGCAGUAGGACGUGUCAUUUUAAGGGAUGAAGCUUAAUUUGUGCAAAUUUCUUCAGUGAGGGGUCUUAAAAAUACAUUUUUGGGUGUGAGGAAUCCAAAUCUGCUAUUAUUUUUGUGAUCUGGACAACAUUUAGCUUGUUAAGUAUGUUUGAUGAGGAAGCACGCAAACCGCUUUUGGAAAACCAAAGAAUUUUAAUUUUACUUUCUAAAAGAGUUAGGUAAUGCUUGAUAAAUAACUAAUAAAUACUAUAACUGCAAGUACUUGGUUUUUAAAAAUGAUUUCUAUGUAAUUUUUACAGACAUUUUACUUACCAAACAAAACUAAAUUAUAUUAAUUUAGCCAAAAUAUAUUUUGAAUUCUCAAGGCGUGUCACGAAUUUUCAACAUCCCCUCAUUUGGGGAAUUUCAAAGUUGGAAAAUUCAACACGCCCUGCCUUAGCAGCCUUUUGUCUUAAGACACACCUAAAACCCCAUGUUUCUAUACAGAGGUGUGCCAAUGUCUUCCUUUUAAACUGGUCUAGUAAUCAGUGUAUCUUUGGUCAUGUGUGUGCCAAAUUUUGGAUUUGUUGGUGGUCUGUAGUGGAGCUCCUGUUGUUCAAUCCCAGCUCCUGCCCACCUAGCAGUUUGAAAGCACAUCAAAGUGCAAGUAGAUAAAUAGGUACCACUCCGGCAGGAAGGUAAAUGGCAUUUCCUUGCGCUGCUCUGGUUUGCCAGAAGUGGCUUAGUCAUGCUGGCCACAAACGCCGGCUCCCUCGGCCUAUAGAGCGAGAUGAACGCACAACCCCAGAGUCGUCCGCGGCUGGGGUACCUUUACCUUUUAGGUGCACUUUAGUCACUUCGGAGUAAUUUUGCUACCAUAUGUUCAGGAAGGCAAGUAGAAGCAUUAUUGUCCAUGCACCUAUUGUAGUAUGCAUGGAAGCGCAUUUCGGACAUCCGCCUCAAAGUUCAGUGUGUGGCGGCAGGACCUACUGCCAUUUGCAUGUUCCUUGUGCAUACAGAGAACAGCCCUAAUAAUUGAAAAAGGCUUUUGAGAGAAGGAGACAGAGAGAUUCAUGUCUCAUUUUCAGGUGUUUCCAGUAACCAGGACAGCUUUAUGCUACCAAAGUGAAUCUCUCUCACAUUAAUGUGAAAAAGUACCUGAAACAUUUGCGGAAGAAGUGUACAAAUGCCAGUCUUUACAUUUAAAAACCCGGACCUCAAAUUUAAGAGGCGGGAAUUUGUAAAGCAUUGCACUGAGAUUCAAAAUUUUGUUUAUUGCUCAUUCAUAAGGUAUCUGUCAGGGAUGCGGGUGGCGCUGUGGGUUAAACCACAGAGCCUAGGGCUUGCUGAUCAGAAGGUUGGUGGUUUGAAUCCCCGCAACGGGGUGAGCUCCCAUUGCUUGGUCCCUGCUCCUGCCAACCUAGCAGUUCGAAAGCACAUCAAAGUGCAAGUAGAUAAAUAGGUACCGCUCCGGCGGGAAGGUAAACGGUGUUUCCGUGUGCUGCUCUGGUUCGCCAGAAGCGGCGUAGUCCUGCUGGCCACAUGACCCGGAAACUGUACGCCGGCUCCCUCGGCCAAUAAAGCAAGAUGAGCGCCGCAACCCCAGAGUCGGUCACGACUGGACCUAAUGGUCAGGGGUCCCUUUACCUUUAAGGUAUCUGCACACACCAUCAAAAGGUCUUUUACAUCUUCCUAGAACUAAUACCAAGCACACACAUUUAUCUUUUUUUCUGUUUUACAUUAAAGGACCUUUCUGGGCAGAAGGAAGAAAGGCGCAGACAGACAAGUAAGUCAUCUCAUUGGGCCUGAGAGAUAUGGGUCCCCGUUUCCUUCUGAACUAGGGAUGCUUUGUGUGACCUUGGGAAAGCCAGCAGUUUGUGGACUACAACUCCCAUCAUCCCUAGCUAGCAGGACCAGUGAUCAGGGAUGAUGGGAGUUGUAGUCCAGAAACAAUGGGUGGCCCAUGUUUGGGGAAACCUUGAUCUGGUGUCAGUGAACAGCCAGGAGUCCUUUGGGAAUGAUGAAGGCAGCGAUCUGCUGUUGUUUGUCCCCAAAUCUGGCAAUGAGAGAUAAUUACUGCCUCUCAAGAUCCUGCCAGUUUCCGUUUCUUCCCGUUUCUCAUUUUCCCAAUCUUAACUUGAGUUUGCCCAAUUUCUGCAUCUGUUUGCAAUAAAAAAUAAAUCAAUCUGUAUGCGUUAUUUCAAUGCAGUUUUCUGAAGAGAAGCACCUCAAGCCCAUAUUUGGCUAAUAAAAUCAUGUUUGCACUAUCCCUUUAAUAUAUGCAUAUUCGUGGGAGAACCCCUCUGCGAAAUAUGAAGAAUGCUAAUUGUGUAGGAUUGCUACAUUUCAGUUGGCACAUUGGUUUGGGGAGUGUGAAUAAGGAAAUUUCACAUUGAAAUGUGGACCACGCGAUCAUCUCCCCAUUCUUACCUGUGCUGCAAAUGUUGUUGGACUCCCAUCAGCCACAGCCAUCCUGGGUAAUGGUCAUGGAUGAUAGGAGUUGUAUUAGCCUAACAACAUUGGAGAGGUCAAGAGGCAUGUUACCUCCGAUCUUGAUUCUGACAGUCCUCUCAAAGGGCUCCCUCGCUUUGUGACCCUUUCUCAAAUCCCUUCUUCCUUCUCAGGGUUCUGUCGACAAGCCCCUUUGGCUCAAAGACAUGUAUCAGCCUCUGGAUGACGCUCGGAGGAGGAGCAUGAUUGGUAAACUCCACGAUGAAGAGACCUCGGAUGAGGAAGAUAUAUUCAACUGGGCCAAAUCAAGGUAGGAACGAACAAGCUGCUGCGACCAGAUUUGUAUGACUUGCAGCUUGCUUCUUUCCCUUAAAACACACACACACACACAUUUUUUGCUCUUAUGGCUGCGGAUGAAAUCUGGGGAAUGUGUGGGUGGAUUGAGUCACCUUGAAAAAUACUCGGAGUCGAGUGUGGAUUUCAUUCUUUAUUCAGCUCAGAGUAGUGAGGAAUGGAAGUUCCCCCGAAAUGUCUGCUUUAUAGACAUUAUUUACACAAUGGAACCCAUGUGAUUGGCUAAUUCUGGGAUUCUCCUGUAGGCCAAUCAGGUUGCGGAUUCACUUCCACCCAGAAUUGGAUUGGGUGGCUCCUGCGGACCAAUCAGACUGCUGCAUUCUGAAUCCUAUUGUUCUAGGACCAAUCAGACUGCUGCAUUCUGAAUCCCAUUGUUCUAGGACCAAUCAGACUGCUGCAUUCUGGAUCCUAUUCAACUCAGUACAUAACACACCUUUUUCGUCUUCUUACUUUCCUGGCAGCUGUGUAACCAGCAGCAGUUCAGCAGAUGCACGUUUAAUGGGAAAAGCUUCAUUCUUUGCAUUUUUGCCUGUUGCACAGCUGAUUAAGGCACAGAGCCCUGCCUAUCAAUCAGGGAAUACUGAAUCAAGACUAGGAGACUUCAGCACUAUGCAAUGCUUAGAUCAGGGAGAUCCAGCCCAUGAAGGCUCUGACAGGGUCCUAGAGUCCACCAUCCUCCGUCCCAAAACUUAUCUGGCGCUUUCUCGGCUUUGGGAAGGAGGUGGGAGGGUUCUAGGACCCUGCCAGAGGCUUGCGCUUCCUUCCCAAAACCCUACGCCUUGCCUUGCACAGCUGGCUUUGGGAAGGCGAGAGCUGGGCUGUGUGUCAAAUUUUGGUCUUGCUCCCUGUCCCCAGAGUCAGAAGGCAGUGUGCGGCCCACGGGUUCUGUGGCAAAGUACUCUUGCAGCCCACUUGGUAUGAAAAGUUGGACCACCCUGGCAUAGAUCCUUGUUCUCCCCACUUGCCCCAGGCUUGCAGAAGUGACAAGGUUCAGAAACUUCAGCUGGUGCAGAAUUCAGCGGCCAGGUUGCUCACCGGAGCAAGAUGUUUGAGCAUAUUACACCGAUCCUGGUCCAGCUGCACUGGCUACUGAUUAGUUUCUGGGCCCAUUUCAAAGUGCUGGUUUUGACCUAUAAGGCCUUAAAUGGCUCAGAGCCACAAUAUCUCAAAGACUACCUCUUGCCAUAUGAACCUGCCCGGACCCUGAGAUCAUCUUCUGAGGCCCUCCUUUGUGUGCCCCCUCCUUGAGAGGUUCAGAGGGUGGCAACACAAGAACAGGCCUUCUCUGCAGUGGCUCCCCGUCUGUGGAAUGCUCUCCCCAGGGAAGUUCGCCUGGCACCUUCACUAUACACCUUUAGGCACCAGGCAAAAACGUUCCUUUUUAACCAGGCGAUAAGGCGAUAUAGAAAGAAAAUAGAUAGAUAGAUAGAUAGAUAGAUAGAUAGAUAGAUAGAUAGAUAGAUAGAUAGAUUAGGUGCAGUAAAGAAAUACAUACAUGCCAAACAGCCUCAUUUGCACAAUUUCAUUUUCUGCUUUAAACCAAAUCCCGGCUGUGAGAAGUGAACCAUCGCAGGCCAAAUUUGCGUAGUGCCACUUUGCAGAUCCACCAGCAUUUUAAACAUUCACCCAGAGCAGGGGUGCCCAAACUUUUUUCAAAGAGGGUCAGAUUUGAUGAAGUGAACAUGCGUGAGGACCGACCAAACUUGUUGAACCUUUAUAAGGAUUGAAGUUGUUGAGGUUUGGUUUUUUAAAGGAUUUAGCCCAAGGACAUAUACAGUGGUUCCUCUGGUUGUGAAUGGGAUCCGUUCCGGAGGCCUGUUCGCAACAUAAAAAAACGCACACGCGGAUUGCGAUUCACUGCUUCUGCACGUGCGCGUGAUGUCAUUUUGCGCUCUGCGCAUGCGUGAGCGGCGAAACCCGGAAGUAACCCUUUCUGGUACUUCCGGGUCACCGUGGGACGUAACAUGAAAGAACGUAACAUGAAGCGGAUGUAACAUGAGGUAUGACUGUACUGCCAUGGGGGCCGGAUUAAAUUGACCAGACUUUGGACGUGCCUGACCCAGAGUCUUAACUCAAACUAGAUCUAGACGCAUCAAAGAAGCAAUUCUGUUAGAAAUGCAUUGAAAACUUCACAGAGAAAUCCCGUUGAUGAAAAUUGGACUCCUCUGCGCCAAUGUAGCCGACUUCUAACUGCUAAGCUUCAAAACCCUUCAGGCUUGACUGCCUUUCAACCUAACCUCUGCUCUUCUCUGUUUUCCAGGGAACCACCCCCUGUGGAAAAGCCCAGUUCAGUAAAAGUGUAAGUACCUACCCCCUUGCAGUACGACUCUGGGCUGUUAGUUAUGCCCUAGGUUUAAAAAUUGGGGUUCGUCCGGGAUGCAACCUGCUGCUACAGAGUUAAGUUUGUGCUUUUGCUGAUUUGCAAAGCAAGAGAUGAUGCGAAAAUUCUCUCUUUAAGCUUUAUAUUCCGAAAAGUAUUCUGCUUCCUAACGGAAUACGUAUCUGGAAAGGGGAAUAAUCUCACACUCCAGUCCUCAGCCCUGCUAAACCAAAUCAGUCUCCAAGGCUCUCCGGUUGUUUAGCAAGGAAAGGGAAGUUAGGCUAGUACUAGCUAGUUUUCUCCAAUCGGCUUUUGCUAUUUGGGGCUUUGGCAAGGCAAGAUCUGAAGCCCCACUUAAAGUGAAACAGAGGACCCCUUCAGACAUCUUAUAUACUGCACAUUCAUGCCUCAACCAGAGCCAGGGCCUUUUCAACACUGGCUCCGGCCUGGUGGAACGCUCUGUCUCAUGAGACCAGGGCCCUGCAGAAUCUGAUUUCUUUCCGCAGAGCCUGUAAGACGGAGUUGUUCCGCCCGGCCUUUGGCUUGGAAUCAAUUUGAUUCCCUCCCCCUCUAUCUUUUUUCCUUUCUCCUCCUGUGAUGGAACUCCUAUUUGGGGACUUCCCUGGCUUUUUUCUGGCCCAUGUAGGACCAGUCUGGAUAGUUAGCCCUGGUGAAGACCUGACGUUUUCAUCCCCCCAAAAGUUUUUGAUUUGACUUUCCAUUGAAAUGAGGCUGCAUUUUAAUGUUUUCAUGUUGUAUUUUAAUCUUGUUUUUAAGUUGUAUUUCAAUCAAUUUGUUUUUAUAUCGGUUGUUAGCCGCCCUGAGCCUGGUCUUGGCUGGGGAGGGCGGGGUAUAAAUAAAUUUUAUUACUAUUAUUAUUAAUUAUUAUUAUUAUUAGUGCUCAUGAUGCUAUUGGGGGUCAUACACUAACUCGCAUUCAAUACCGUUCGUGCUUUCAAAAGUUUUUUGGGUAUUAACACUGCUUCAUUUCCAGGCAAUGCCUAUCCUGUAACUUCCUGGUGAAAUCCCCUAGCUUUUUACACCACAGAAGUUCUGGUUUGCUUUUGUCCUGCUUUUUUUGUGGUGCUUCAGCCCCUCUGGACAAACAUAACGUGGUAGUUUGUGGGAAGCAUCGCAAAACAAACUAAAGCAGAAUACAUCCAGCCUGACACACUACUAUUGUGUCAAGAACUUGUUGCACGAUACACCUACAAUGUUUUUUUUUAAAAAAUGCAACCCUAUUCAUGAAGGCUACUCGGAAGUAAGCUCCGUUGUGUUCAAAGGGAAUUGCUCCUAGGUAAUUGGGUUUGGGUUGGCAUAAUAACGUAUUUUUCGCUCCAUUUUUCGCUCCAAAAAUUAAGGGGGAAUGUGUGUGCGUCUUAUGGAACGAAUGCAGGCUCCUUGGCUUCAGCAAUAGCAACGCGAAACCUCCGAAGCGCAGAGGGAGCGCUCCCUCCGGGCUCCGGGGGCUACGCGUUGUUUUCGCUGAAGCCUGGAGAGCAAGAGGGGUCGGUGCGCACCGACCCCUCUUGCUCUCCAGGUUUCAAAGAUAGCUGCCUGAGCCCGGGCGCAGCGGGAACUCCCGCUGCGCUCCGGAGGCUUCGGGUUGCCUUCACUGAAGGUAAAGGCAGUGUGGGAGAGGGAGAGCUGCGCAGUACCCCUUCAGCUAAGCGUGAGGAGAAAUGGAAGGGACUCCAUUUCUCCUGCCGCUUCGCUGAAGGGGCGCUGCGCAGAGAGGGGGAGAAUUUAUUUUUCUUAUUCUCCCCCUCUAAAACAAGGUGUGUCCUAUGGUCGGGUGCGUCCUAUAGAGCGAAAAAUACGGUACUUUCCCCUGUGCCCAAUUUCACAACACACCUAUCUAGGACAGCUCAUGUCAUGAGCAGCUUCAAAUAAAAUGCUAUAUUUGGAGUCGGCUUUUUAUGUGAUGACCAGGAGGAGAGUGAAGGGAACGCAAUCCCUGAGUGCAAUCGACUUCCCUUAACCUCUGUUUUUCUUGCUUUGACAGAGUUGAAGAGCCCCCUGUUAAAAAGGCCAGUUCAAAGAAACUGUGAGUAUUAUUAUGCAACCGCAAAAUUAUCAGCCUUGGCUCUAACUUUUUCCUCUUGCAGCUAGGCAUUAGGAUACAACCUGGAGGGUUGGCAGCUCCACCAGCAAGACGUCUGAGUUGCUUGGUAUCCGAAUCAUAUUUAAGCAGAUCUGUUGCGCUCCUGGUCUACUGCCCCCUGCACAACAUCCGAAUGUAGGGUAUUCUGCGUCCCAGUGUAUUUAAGGACCUGUCCACACCAGAGCAAAAAGUGGACAACCCCUCCCCAGGUUGUCCCAAAUCUUUUCCCCUUUGAAUGUGAGUUGUUGUUGUUUAUCCUGGCUGUUUCAGACUUUCCAGGUAUAAAGGGGGAAAGAUUUGGGACAACACUGGUAUGGGAAAGUCAUUGUGUGGGUGUCCCUAGAUUAAUGGAGAGAGAGGUUGGUGCAAAUCAACAUUUUUGCCCUGAUUUUAGACUCUUGCCUGAAAUCCUGAAGAGAUGCUGCUUUUCGAAGAACCCCACGUUCCACACUGAAGUAUUCCAUGUUCUUCUCCUUCUUUCCCCCCUUUCUCAAUUCCCUCUGCUUCCUCUGUUGUCUCCUUUGUGUCCGUUAUAGAUUGUAAGUUCCCUGGGGCAGAGGCCUGCCCCUCUCAUUCCCAGCAAUGCACCACGCGCAUGGAAGGUGUUACUGCAUUCACCAUCAUAACGAAAUAUGCUGCCUCGGCACAUGGGGGUUCCAUUAGGUUCCAAUGCCUGGUGGCCACUGAUUGAUACUGCCACGAAUCUGCCCUUUGAAAUCCACUUGAGCCAGCGGCUAACAUAGCAUGUCGCAGCAGUGAAUUCCAUGAGUUAAUUCCAUGCCGUGCGACGAAGAAGCACUUUCUUUCGUUGGCCCUGAAUCUUAUGCCAAUCGAUUGAUGCAGCUCUUCAACAGACUAGAUCUAUGUGGUGUGGGUGUAUAAUGGAACCAAGCUAAAGUUGGUUCUCUCCCCCCCGCCGCCCCAGUUCCUUAUUCCAACUGAAAUAUACUCAGAGUCGAGAGUGGAUUUCAUGCUCUUUAUUCAGCUCAUAGUGGUGAGGAGGAAUGGAAGUUCCUCCAGAAUGUCUGCUUUAUAUACAUUAUUUACACAAUGGGCCCCACAUGAUUGGCUAAUUCCGGGAUUCACCUGUAGGCCAAUCUGGUUGCGGAUUCACUUCCACCUGGAGCUGGAUUGGGUGGCUCCUGCGGACCAAUCAGACUGCUGCAUUCUGGACCCUAUUGUUCUAGGACCAAUCAGACUGCUACAUUCUGAAUCCUAUUGUUCUAGGACCAAUCAGACUGCUGCAUUCUGGACCCUAUUGUUCUAGGACCAAUCAGACUGCUGCAUUCUGAAUCCUAUUGUUCUAGGACCAAUCAGACUGCUGCCUUUUGGAUCCUAUUCAACUCAGUACAUAACACCAACACUAAAGUUUGCAUCCUUCUGCGCUCCAAAACAAGCAUGGGGCGACCCCAUAUCACAGACCUCCACGAGUCUCUUUGAGAGCACUCUCUCCAGCCCAAAGCACUCCCUAAAAUAAGCUUUGAUGUAUCCCAAAUGAUACAUCUCAACAGUCAGGAGAUGCUUCCAUAUGUGAAAACGUGUAGAUCAGGUCCAGACCACUGCUUCAUUCCUGUGCAAGUCUCAGAUCUGCUGCCCGCACACCAACAACUGCUAAAGAAGACUGUAUCAGUGAAUAAGCAGAUGGAUGAGGCAUUAUCCCAAACGACAUAUCCACACCAUCUGGAGGCUGUCUGUCUCCUACCAAAUGGCCUCACCUGUCUGGUCCAGUGCAUAAUUGCCCCCAAGUCAUUCUCAGGCAUGCUGUACCUGUGCCAAUCCAUUUUUCAAUACAGGUAGAAACCAAAAACAGACAGGGGAUUUAUGCCAAAGCGUUUUUAAUAACUGAACGAGGAUCUGGGUGCUUGCCCAUCCAGUGACCUGUAUUGGCUUACACAAAAACAAAAAGAUAAGGCCGUAGGUUAUGCUAGCUGGUCUUAUUCAGAGCAGUCUCUGCUGCGUUGGAGUUUGCCAUUUGAGUUGAUCCAAAGCUUAUUUUGGGGGGCACGCAUCUCGAUCCUUAUUAAUUUGCAUGUGACGCAGGCUGCUGUGUUGUAUAUGGAAUCAGCCUUGUGGGGAAAGUUUCCUUGAAGGACAGUCAAACCUCGGUUCCCGAACACCUCCAUUGUCGUAUGUUUUGGCUCCUGAACACUGAAAACCCAGAAGUAAAUGCUCUGGUUUUCAAAUGUUUUUCGGAAGCAGAACAUCCGACGCGGCUUCUGCUUGAGUACAAUAAGCUCUUGCAACCGCCAUACCUCAGCUGUCGAACGUUUCGGAAGUCAAACAGUCUUCUGGAACGGAUUACGUUUGACAACCAAGGUUUGACUGUACAAUUGUACCUUGGGUCCUGAACGCCUUGCAAGUUGAACAAAGGCCACAAACCUGUUCUGGUUUGCAAACUAUUUUUGGAAGCCGAACAUCCGACAGGGCUUCCGCGGCUUCCGAUUGGCUGCAGGAGCUUCCUGCAGCCAAUCAGAAGCAGCGCUUUGGUUUCCAAACAUUUUGGAAGUCGAACGGACUUCUAGAACGGAUUCUGUUCAACUUCCAAGGUACGACUGUAUCAGAAGAUGCAUAGGAUGUCUCAGGCGAAAGAGGCAAUGGUUGCUUAGGUUAUUGAAUUAAUCAAAGCAUCUUGCAGUACCAAAAACAAGUAAGCCAUAUUGAGGAAGGAAGAUGGCCUAGAUGCAGCAGACCCUCUUUAACAUCUCCUUUUUAACUCUUAAUCAGGGCGCCAGAACCCCCACCUCCAGCUCCGAAGCCAGAGUAAGUAACUAGCAAAUGUUUGGGUUUUUUAAAAAUCUAAUUUUACAGCUGGUCUGUAAAGCAGUCUGCUAGAGGAAAGGCUCGCCAGAUUAUAUGUUCUAAAAAGACAUCAGAUAUGCACAUCCCCCACAAACUUAAUACAGGAUGCUUUGCGUGGCACUCUAGCACAUUUUCUUCUUCCUAAAAAAAGGGGGGGGAGAAUAAGAGAAGGGAUCUGUUCUCCAAAAAACAUAGGAAGAAAAGAACUUAAUCUGUAAAGAGGCAAAGGGGGGGUUGCUUUGAGUCCCCCGCUCCCAAGUUUCUAGGACGGGAUAUCUCAGUGGCGAAAAUCUACUGCUCCUGAACAGCCUUCAGUUUUUAAGACCAGUUUAGAUUAGAUAAUCAGAUUAGGGAAGGGAAGAGGGUCCAGUGUUCAAAAUUCCCAUUGUUCUAGGUGCGUUUUGCGACAGGGAAUUUCAUUAGUGUGAGCAGUUUCUGAGCUCCGGGCGCAGUGCUGCGCCUAAGAUUUCAGAUUAAAACUGCAGAGGGGAAGGAAAGGAGGACCUUUUUCAGCCUCCUCACUUCCAGCUACUCUCUGAAGACUGGAGAAGAGACCCCCUUAAGAAUAUUAGGAGGGUGGGCAGGGGAAGGACUAGACCCAUGUGAAAAAUGAACAUAAUAUUUUAGCUGCAGUUCAUUUAUUUUCAGCUUUGUGUUCUUGCUAUAAAAAAAGAGCACCUAGGCAUUCCGUUGUUGUGCCCAUAACCUAGGUUUAAGGGGCCAUUUAAGCUCCUAGCUUUUAUAUCUCUGUUUCUAACACUGAGAGGGUCAAUCUGAAAGUGCUCAGAGAUGUGGGUUAUUUUGCAGCACUCAGUUUGCUUCAAGCUGCAAGGCAACAGCAACUCUGCUUCCACACUUUGGGAAUUAGGAGUGUCCAGAAGCAAAAAGAGGACAAGGCUUCUAGCUAUGCAGAAGAGGGGAUUUCAGCAAGGGUCGCGUUGCUGUCUGAAAUUUUGCUCUGUUGCAUAACCUUGUCCCCUUUUCCUCUGCCUACAGUGCUUGGAAUCCAAAAGUUGCCCUUUUCCACUGCCCCAAAUGUGGCCAUGAACAUGACAUGGAGUAAAAGCACACACAGCCGCAAUUUAGGAGAGGGAGGUGUUAAGUUGUGGGUGAACAUAUCAGACGACACAGCGAUUCUUCCAACAGCUCUUCUUUAUUCAGAGGCCAGAACAGAACUGAACUGAAGGGCUCAGUCAGCCUGCUUAUAUAGAGCUCCAGUACAACGUUACUGUAGCAACUUUCUAAAACUAUCCAAUCACUGAACGUCACUUUCGAUCCUUCAUUUGCAUAACUAUCUACAGUAUCCCCCUGCUAAAACUAUCCAAUCACUGAGCGUCACUUUCGAUCCUUCAUUUGCAUAACUAUCUCAGUAUCCCCCUGCUGGCCCAGGGUGAGAACUUCAGUACAUAACAGGAGGGAAGGAAGGGAGGGAGGGAGGGAUGUAUUGAUCAGUUGCUGUGACGUAACUCCUGCUUUUCUCUCUUGCUCAUCAGGUCUUCAGGAGGAGAAGACGAUAGUGGGUCAAAGAAACCGUAAGUAGCGCCAGAGUCAGUUCCUUCUUCCAUUCAAACCAGAGGUGGGCAAACCUCAAGCCCAGGGGCCAGAUAUCUGGCCCUUGGGAUUCUUGGUUCUCUGGAUGGAGGACAGAGAGGAUUGUGUGAGUGCAGGCAGAAACUCACCUACUUUGCAAACCUUGCACUUAUUGCUUUUCCUACUCUUUCUCUGACCUGACCCAGCGCUGCCAUAUGUGCCCCAAAGGUUGCUUUCAAUCAGAUAUAAGUUUUCCCACCCCUCCUUCAGAUUGUUUGAUUUUUUGAGCUCGGCUACAUAAUGCAUCCUAUUGCAGAUUCACGAUCUUCAAAGCGCAGAUAAUUGUGGAAAGGUUUUCCUACCUUAUUAAUGUAGUUAUUGUUAGGAACAAAAUGAAACAACAUGCAUUACUGGAAAAGGAGAAAGGAACUGAGCUGUGGAGGAAAGAAAAUGGUGGAGGGGUUGGGGAGUAAGUUGUGGAGCAGAAGCAGUCCUGGGUGGCAUUUGAUGGAUAUAUUUUUUUCAUUUAAAGUAGAGGCUCAGAAAUCGAAACAUGCAUUUGCUUCAUAAUAUCUGGAGAAGGUGAUUUCUUCCCGCCCGGUCCCCUUCCUUUGAUCAACAGCCAUUCCCAUUGGCUUUCCGUCUUUUAUUCUGUUUGGCAUGAAGCCUUUGUCUUUCUGGGGCUGUAGCGCUAUGCAAAGGAACAAUUUCUUUCCCGUCGCAUUUUCACGCACAUGACAUGUUUCUGGCAGAAUUGCAUUCUGUGGCUUCUUUGCAAAUCAGACACUGGCUGCUGUGCAACUCUCUCUAAGCAAACUGGAGGCUUCUUUCCAUUUUUGUUUUAGGUUUUGUUUUUAAACUGGAUCUCCAGUAUAUAUUUGUUUAAAGACAAGUCAGGAGAACCACUGGAAACUUAAAACCUAGAAACAAGCAGGGGGGGGGGGAGUUGGAAGUGUUCAGAAAGAGGCUUCCCAUCCCAGAUUUCUUGUGUUUCCCACUCUCUGAUCGAGCAGGUUUUGCAAGUGUGUGUACGUGUGCAUGCAUUAGGCAAUACAAAAACCUGCAAAACCUGUUUGGCUAGAGGCAAAAAUGUGCACACAUUCUGAGCAGCAGCACCAGUUUCAAACUACCUGCCUUCAUCUCUCUGAAAAUAACUAUUCUCCAUCUCUAGUUCCGAAAUUAUAAAAGUCGUGUGGUAGGGAAAGGAGUUUUCCCUGGGUAUCUCUUCCUCUUAAGACUUGUUUAGGAAUACAGGGUAUUUGCAUGGCCGUAGCCAUGAUUUUUGUUGGGGAGAGCAGCCCAAAGUUGUUGCCCCAUAAAUUUGUUGAGCGUUUUUGGGGGGAAUACCCCCUAGGAGCAUGCAGGGGGCAGGCUUUGGUUGUGGGGGGAGACUUCUGCUGGAGGGAGACAGAACCUCAGUUAAUCAGUACUUCUCAAUAAUACCCAUGGGUAUUUGUAACAAAGCUGUAUGUGGCUAAAGACAGUGAUUCCUGUAAUGGUACUCGCUAACAGUGUGGAAUACUGUAUUGCCAGCAGUCAUUUUGUGCUGAGACACCUGCAGCCUGUUUAUCAUUUGUUCUCCAAAGCUCUUCCCAUUCAGCCAUCAUUACUGGACGUCCAAUGUCCUGUGCCCAUCUAAUCACUGUUGCCUUAACCUCCUCCACCUUAACUUCCCAUUCCAGGAGGAGUCGAUGUAUUCUCGAAAUUACCCUGAUUUUAUUAUUUAUUAAUUCUGUUUCGAGGCUGAUUAUCAAAUCCAAUCUUUUUAUCUUGUUUAAACAUUUCGUAUAUUUGAUGGUAUUCCAACCAACCAGCCUGUUUAUCAAGAUAUAAGUACCUGCACCUUUUUUCCUCUCUUUUCUUUUUUACCAAAAAAAAGUACUGGCUAAGGGGGGUGGGGUGGAAUCAGUACUAUUUUUUUUUUUAGCAUAUGAAUCGGUUUUCCUCUAUCAGAUCUAGGUUUAGAUCUCCUCAGGUGGCCAGAGAUCUCUUUUAGGAAGUCCGUCUCGGAGGCAUUGGGUAGUGUUUGUAUUUGCUUGUUAUAUUUGCUUGUUCUUUUCUUUCUGCACACUUAUUAGCUCUUUUAACUACAAAUGGGGGAGAUUUAGACUCCUUCCCCUGUAUAUAUCAGCAGCUAGUGCCCCCUGGGACCAAAUCCAGGGACAAGAAUGAGGAAGUGAUAGGACUUGCUUAGGAUUUCUGCUUCCUCCAAGAGGUCCUUGUUGUAAACAUGGUUGCCAGCCAACCAAAGCCUACUUCCACUUAACCUUCACUAAAAGCAACACAUACAUAUAUGCACAGAACAUCAACCCCCAGGUGGUUGUAUAAUUUGCAUUCCCACCCCCCACCCCGCCAGAACCUGUUCCUAAGUUUAAGCUAAAAUAUUCCUGCUCUACAAACACUAAUCUAUUAUCUCUGCCCAAGUUUGCCAACAAAGGUCUUGCAACAGCAUCAAUAAUGCCACCUUAGGAGGCUGUGUUUAGGUACUGCAAGAUGCCUGGUGUAUACACCUGCAGCAUCAUAAACUAAACUAGCAGGCCAGAAUUGGUUCGUGCUGGCAAAUCACAGGAAAAGAUUGCAGGGAACCGAGCAAAGAAGCGGGACCAGUUUGGACCAUUUCCGUAGGUAGGCUAGAUGUGGUCUGUGGCCUGCCUGUUGCAGAACAGGUGUGUCUAUAUGGAAAUGUGCAUCCCGAUCCCAUUCAUGUUGUUUCAAAGGUAUGUUCCAAUGGGACUUGCUCUUAAGUGAGCAUACACAGGAUUGAGAUAUGACUAUGUCCUCUGGGUAGCUCCAACAAGAAAGCAUUGGUUCCACUGCAGAUUGCAGACCUUUUUUCUCUUUUUGUACCAGAUUGCAUGGGUCUCUUAGCCCCUGCCACAUACAGCUGCUACCUUAUUAUUAUUAUUUUUAUGGCAAGGCUUCGUACACCUUUAAUAACUAUACUGAAUUUCUGCAUGCCACCAGCUGUUAAAUGUACAGCCCGCCCCUCCAAAAGGAGAUAAGGAGAGUUUUAGUGAAAUUACUGCCUUCUACCUAACAGUGAAGGGUUCACCUACUACGGGGUCCUUGUUUCUUAUCUGUGGUCCUAAUCUCCCAGCUGUACAGUGACAUUGGGUGAUGGUGCUAGGAUGUGUCUGGUGGGCAGGCAAUAUAGAGUGGCGAAGAAGCAGUCCCAAUUUCAGUGGUGGUGAUCAGGAUAAGGUAUAGCUGAGGUCCCGUGCCUGACCACCAUCUGGGCUGAAGGUCUAAAUCUUUUGUCCCUGUCCCUGGCUCAGCCUUUCCUCUCCUCCAGAUUUUACUGAAGCACGGAGCCCUCUGGUUUGGCGGUGCUCUUAUUGAAUGCCUGGUUAGUCCAUAACAAGGCUGUGGUUUACCCAUCACGGAGUUACAAUUUCCAGCAACCCUUAGCAAACUGCGGUUCCCAUAAUUCUUUGGAAGACUGUGCUCUGAAUGAGCUUUGAAGGUGUUGUACAGAGCCUCAGAAUACCGUAUUUUUUGCUCUAUAAGACUCACUGUUUCCCUCCUAAAAAGUAAGGGGAAAUGUGUGUGCAUCUUAUGGAGCGAAUGCAGGCUGCGCAGCUAUCCCGGAAGCCAGAACAGCAAGAGGGAUUGCUGCUUUCGCUGCGCAGCGAUCCCUCUUGCUGCUCUGGCUUCUGAGAUUCAGAAUAUUUUUUUUCUUGUUUUCCUCCUCCAAAAACUAGGUGCGUCUUGUGGUCUGGUGCGUCUUAUAGAGCGAAAAAUACGGUAAUUCUUGUGUUGACAAUGUGCCCAGGAGAGCUCGGGACAAAGGCCACCAUCUUGUUCACACCAGCCAGAUGCUGAUGCGAAACUCGCUAGCGGGUCCUGAGUUCAGUUGUGCCCUCUCCACUUCUGAUUCCCAGCGCUGGUGUUCAGAAGCACAGCUUCUGCGAUGCCAGAAAUUGUAGGCAUCCGUCUUUCAAAAGGGGAAUCGAAAAAGGGAAACAGCACUACAGAACAAAAAGGCAGUUCCCAGUUCUUAGUCUGCCGCAGCAGUGGCACUGGGAAGAAAGUUUGCAACACUCGACGGAGUAGAAUCCAGUUCAACUGGUUCAAUUUUAACCUCGCCUUCCCUUUUCAUUUGCAGGAGUUCAGCUGAAGAAGGCGAAGGGGAUGAAGAGGAGGAUGAAUGAUUGUCCUUUUGUGAAUAUUGCUGUAUAUUAUCUAGAGCACUUUAUAAAGUACUAUUGUUGUUUAUAAGGAAUACUAUUAAAUGCAUUCCUCUGAAAGGUA